CUGGGGGGCGGCGGCGGGAGCCGCUCCCUCCUUGCCCAGCCCGGCCCGGCAGAGGCGGCGGGAGGAGGAGGAGGAGGGCGGCGCAGAGCGCAGACAUGGCGGCCAACAUGUACCGAGUGGGAGAUUAUGUUUAUUUUGAAAAUUCUUCCAGCAAUCCAUAUCUCAUUAGGAGAAUUGAAGAACUUAACAAGACUGCCAAUGGAAAUGUGGAAGCAAAAGUGGUGUGUUUUUACAGGCGAAGAGAUAUUUCUAACAGCCUUAUAAUGCUUGCAGAUAAGCAUGCUAAAGAAGUUGAAGAAGAGUCUGAAACUACAAUUGAGGUUGAUUUGACUGAUAAACAGAAACAUCAGUUGAAGCACAGAGAGCUUUUCCUUUCUCGACAGUAUGAGUCCCUUCCCGCAACACAUAUCAGGUAA